CGUUUGCCGGCUGUUUGCAACGCAUUUCUUUGAAGUGGUCUCCGCAUCGUCUGAUUCGCACUUGUCGCUAUAAUUUCGAUUGUUUUGUUGUCGUGGGCGCGCAAUAGAAUAACAAAAACACUACAAAUACGAAUAUAAAUACAUAUCAAAGAAUAUUAUCUACUUGAAGUGAGAGUUUCCUUAAAGGACUGCACUUCGGGUAACUGUAAACAGUAAAUAUCAUACAUAUAUACAUAUAUCAACCAGUUAAUGUGCGAUGGCAGUUGAAAUAACAAACUCAAUAUUAUCGUUACAACCCGCGACGGAGUUGGAGCCACAAUCAUUUCAUUGGCAGCUCGAGGAUUACGCAUAUUUUCACAAGUGCGGCGAAAUAACAACAUCGCCGGACGUGCAAUGUUUUGGCUUCAAUUGCGCCUUCUGUCCGGCAAUUUGUCUGCAGCUUUCGGUCUUCAUCGAUCACAUACGCGGGCAUCAUAUGCAGGAUAUGCGUCGGCGCUACGAGGUUGCCGAUGAGAAAAUCGAGCAGACGACGCAAACCGAUUUAAAUCUAAUGCCAAUGGACAGCGUUGGAUUUCAAAUAGACGCAACAACAGCAGCAGCAACAACAGCAACGGCCACAACAAAUGCGCGCCUUGAUAAACGCAUGAAAAAAUCCAAUUGGAAUGAUACAUUGGCUACAGUGGGGUCGUCAGACGUUCAGGGCGCUGUUACUAUGGGACUGUUGGAUGUGAGCAUGGAUAUAGACAUAGAUUUGGCUUCCAUUGUGAACGCAGCUCCAACACAGACAGCCAACAACAACAACAAUGCUACAUUAUUGCAGCUAAGCAACGCAGCAACAACAACGGGAACAACGACGACGACAACAGCAACAACAACACCAGCCGAAAUAGACUUCGUUUAUGUUAUGGAAAAUCCAUUGCCACCCUCGCCCCCACCCUCGGCUGACAUUUCGAGUGACGAGCAGAGUCCACGAUUGCUGCACUCAAUAGAUCCAUUUGAAAUGUUGCAUGAGGCAGGCACUCGCACACACACACCCUCAACGCUGGAGGCGUGCUCCAAAGGCGCCCUUUGUGUCUCUGCCCCGCCACGUUACGAGACGCGACGCGUGGCAAUGCAACGCAAGUUGGCAAAGACGGCAGAAGAAGAGCAACAACAGCAGCAACAACAACAGGAACAACUGCACUUACAACUCGAAUUACAGCAAUGUCAACAGCUGGAGGAGAAUGUGCUGGAACUCACGCCUCCCGCAACGCCGCCAACUCCAGUGCCACCCACAUCGCCCACGAGCAGCGUCGCCAGCAGCGUUGACUUGAAGUUGCGCACACGUCGCGAACUCGAGCGUAAUCGUGAAUUUGUCAGCUCGCUUUUGUUGGCCUACGAGCGCAACGAGAAGUUGUGGAAUCCCAAGCAUCCUGGGUAUAAAUACAAUGCCAAGCGUAGUGUCUACGGAGAACUGGCCGCUCCUCUUCAAGCCGUCUUCCAAAUGCCGCUAACGGGUGCCGAAAUCUUUGCUGUGCUCAAGGAGCUGCGUGGACGCUAUCGUCGCGAACUGAGCAAACUCAAUUCCUUGGGAAUCAAGUACAAAUCCCGUCUGUGGUACUUUGAGAAGAUGCAUUUCUUGCGCGGCGUCAUCGAGCACAAGCGGGCUGAAAGGGAGGCAAAGAGUGAGUCUACGGAGAGCGAAAAGUCCAGUGAGACAGACAAUGAAUCGACGACAAAGUCGGCACAGUUCCGUGAGGUGCUCAGCUGCAUCAUUGAGGCAUUCCGGCGGCAGGAGAGCCUGUGGAAUCCCCAGCACUUUGACUACAACAACUGCUGCAAAAAGGAGCUGUAUCGGGAGAUCUCGGCGGAGCUGCUCGAGGAGCUGAACUACGAGAUGAGUGGCGAGGAAUGCUACAAGGAGAUGCAAAAGCUGCGCACACGUUAUCGGAAGGAACUGCGCAUGGUGAUCAAGCACAAGGGUCUCUAUCUGCCCAAGCUCUGGUGCUACGAUGAGCUGGAGUUUCUGCACAAAAUACUGCAGGAUCAGAUCUUCAACAAGAUCAGCAAGAAAAAGGGUGUGGUGGAAACGAAUCAGAAGACAAAGUUCAUCCAUGCCAGCUGCAUAAGCUUCAACUCACAGGAGGAUCAGCUGCAGUUUGUGGAGAUCUAUCGCAACUAUCCAGCCUUGUGGGAUGUGGAUCAUCCGGACUUUCGCUCUAAUGCAUAUCGCAAUCAGGCCUUGGGACAAAUGCUAGAGGAGCUAAACACCACGUUUCAAUGCACCUACACUCCGGCCCAGCUGGAGAAGACUUUGUUUGAGCUCCGCAAAGAAUUCUCAGCACAGAAACGGAAAAUACUCACAAAUGCCGACGGAUCCGUCAGCAUACCUCUGCUCCAUGCCAAGCUGGGUCAGUAUCUCGAACAGAAUCUGGGCCCCUUUCGCUGCGGCGUGUGUGGUGAGCUGAUCAAGACCUGUGACCAGUACAAGGUACAUCGAUCCGGGCACGACGGCACACAGCCAUUUAUAUGCACACUCUGUGGCAAGGGAUUCCAAAUGCCAUGCAACCUGACGGUGCACAUUCGUCGCCAUCGACGCGACUUUCCCUAUGCCUGCGAGCAGUGCGACAAGAGAUUCGCCACCUCCACCGAGGUGGCCAUACAUAUGCGCACGCAUACAGGGGAACGUCCCUACAUCUGUGAUCUCUGCGGCAAGUCGUUCAAGACGUGGUCAUUCUUCGACAUCCAUCGGCGCACUCACCUCAAUCAGUCAACGUUCCAUUGCCCCAUCUGCGAUAAGGGAUUCUACGAGAAGAAUCGCUUCACCGAUCACAUGAAUGCCCAUUUAAAUAUUCGCAAGCAUUUGUGCACCGUCUGUGGCAAGACAUUCACCACUUAUGGCAAUCUCAAGAAGCACACCGAGCUGCAUCUGGCCGUGAAGAAGUACAAGUGUGCGGCUUGUGGCAAGCGUUUUGCCCAGUUCGCCAGUCUGCGGUGGCACCGAAAGCGGGCGCAUAACUCUGAACCCAAUCAACAACAACUACACCAACUACAACAACAAGAUGAACAGCAGGAGGUGGAGGAGCGGGAAGAGGAGCUGGAGUUAAUGUUGGAGGAGUCAUAAAUUAAAGUACAACACUCGGAAUAUAAGGAAUUAGUUUUAUCGCCCUACUACUUAGAGAUAAUCACUGUAACGCGUGUACUUAUCAUAUCGUCCAAAUAUCAUUAAAGUAAUCUAUGUACACUUAAUUAAGUUCCAUUUAAAAGUUCUUUAUACUUGUUGCUGUUGUCUCAUCGCUAAUCAAACGCUUAAUUCAUCGUUAAUUAAUUGAUGUUAUAAAUAAUGUAGUUUUAUGACUGAAAAUGAGAGUUCAAUUGAAAUAUUACUGAUAAGAUUUACAACAAACUACAUUGAAAUAAUAAUAAACUUUUAAGUGACCAACAACAGCAACAUGAACAAUUUUAAAUUAGUGAUCUCAAAGUGAAUAGCUUAAGUAGCAAAUAUGAAAUAAAUAUAAAACUAAUUUAUCAUAUUUAAAA